AACUCGGCCAUCUCCACCUUGAUAUUCAAAAAUUCCAAUGCAACCUCUAUCCUGCGAUGGUUGUUUAAUCUGCACUUCUGCAGUUUAUCUGGCCACACAAACCAUGACCAGCACCGGAUGAAACCCUUUUAACAUUUAUGGCGGCUUGGCGUGCUAUGCUUCGCCAAUUUGAUUUGCAAAAUGACCCAUUUAGGGUCAUCUCUUUGUUCAAAGCCAUGCAAAUAGGGAAAGAGAACGACCCAGUUACUGAUCCUUUUGUGUAUGCUUCUUUGAUAAAAGCUUGCAAUAAGGUUUUGGGUAUUAAUGAAGGGAAAUCAAUACAUAGCCGCGUAGUUAAGCUUGCGUUGGAUUAUAACUUGAAUGUUUUGAAUAGUUUGAUUCAUUAUUAUGCGAGUGUAAAUGGGUCAGUGAAGUAUGCUCGUGUCUUGUUCGAUAAAAUGCCUGACAGAACGGUUGUUACUGUUAAUAGUAUGGUUUCUGGGUUUCUGAAGAAUAACCAAUUUGAUUUUGGUUUGAGCUUAUUCAAGAAAGUCCUUACUGGUGCUUUUGGUCUGAGUAUGAAGCCAAACUUUGUUACUCUAAUGGUUUUGAUUUCUGGGUGUGUUGAAAACGGGGGAUACAGCAUUGGGAGAUUGCUUCAUUCUUACUGUUGCAAGACAGGGAAGAUGGUUCAUGUACAUAUAAUAGCAAGUGUAGAAGAGAUACCAGUUUCUCUUGGGACUGUUCUUAUUAACAUGUAUUCGAGAUGUGGUUCGAUCAAAUUUGCCAGGAAAGUUUUUGAGGAGUUGCCGGAUAAGAAUAUUGCAUCAUGGAACUCGAUUAUACAUGGUUAUGUUGAAUGCGGGCUUAAUAGUGAAGCUCUAAGGCUCUUUAAUUUGAUGAAAUGUAGCAAGGUAGAGGCAGAUGAUGUAACAAUGCUAGGAAUAAUCUCUGCUUGCCGGAAUUCUGGAGAAUUGUCUCUUUGCAUUGAUAUUCAUUCAUAUAUUAUGAGAAAUGAUAAUCUCAGUAGGAGCAAUGUUCUGCAAAAUGCUCUUGUAGAUAUGUAUGCAAAAUGUGGGAACAUGGCUCGAGCUAAAUCUGUAUUCGAUAAAAUGCUUGUAAAGGACGUAAUCUCAUGGACAUCGAUAAUAGUAGGUCAUGCCAUCAACGGAGAAGGGGAGGAAGCCCUUCAUGCUUUUAGGAAAAUGUGUGCAGAGAAAGUUGAACCUAACUCUGUCACAUUCAUUGCUGUUCUAUUGGCAUGCGAUCAUUCUGGUCUAGUUGAAGAAGGUCAAAACUUGUAUGAUACGAUGUGCAAGGUUUACAAUAUUGAGCCACAGAUUGAGCACUGCGGUUGCAUGAUUGACAUGCUUGCUCGAGCAGGAAUGCUAGACGAGGCGAAUAAGUUUGUGAAGAAAAUGCCAGUUGAGCCGAACACAGUUAUUUGGAGAAUGAUGAUUAAUGCUUGCAGAGUACAUGGUGAUUUUGAUUUAGGGUUAUGUUUGGUUAGUAGCCUAGUAGGAGUGAAGAAGUCACCUAAAAUUGAAGAUCAUGUUAUUUCUUCUAUCAUUUUUGCUGAGACAGGGAGAUGGAAUGAUGUUCUUCAUGAAAGAAGCACAGUGAUAGCUCAAAAACCUUCAAAAGUUCCAGGAAAAAGCUGUAUUUCAGAAUUAACAGAUUGAGGGGUCCCAAAGAGCCUAUAAGUAUAACCUUAAAUUUUGAGUAAUUUUAACUAGUACAAAAUGAACUUGAAGAAAUUAUGAACUAUGAACAACCAAAUGAAUGAGACUAUGAAAGGUUUUACACGUA